AUGAGCAGAUCGGGUCAGCCACCAGAUCUUAAGAAGUACAUGGACAAGAAGCUUCAAAUCAAGCUGAAUGCAAAUAGGAUGGUGGUUGGAACACUUCGUGGGUUUGACCAGUUCAUGAAUUUGGUGGUUGACAAUACUGUGGAGGUGAAUGGUGAUGAUAAAAAUGAUAUAGGCAUGGUGGUGAUCAGAGGCAAUAGCGUUGUCACAGUUGAAGCGUUGGAACCUGUAAACAGAGCACAGGGAUGA